UGUCUAGUUAGACAUCAUUCAUGGCUUGAUUGUUGAUUGGCUUGAUUGAUGUAUUUAUUACCACCGAUAACGCAUUGGAACAAAUUCUAAAACAUUUUAAACAUGUGUACUUUAAUUUUUGUGUGAAAGAAUAAGUGACCUUUUUGUUUCGGCGUCAGACAAAGUUGAAACCUUUGAAGAAUGGGUCCUGCACCAAGUUCGCUGAUGGCUUUUCUAUGACAAACCCUUAUCAAUGCACACAUCUGCAUACACAAAUCCUGGAAUUUCACCCGGAAUUUAGUUUCAACAAUGAAUAGCGGAUCAAGUGGGUUUGAUGAUAGAACGGAGGAGGAUGAAUUGACUCUGCCUCGAGCAUCGAUAAACAAGUUGAUAAAAGAAAUAGUACCUCACAUCCGAGUUGCAAAUGAAGUACGAGAGCUCAUCUUAAAUUGUUGCACAGAAUUCAUCCACUUAGUGUCUUCCGAGGCCAAUGAUAUUUGUAAUCAACAACAGAAGAAGACAAUAAACGCUGAACAUAUUUUAGCCGCUUUAGACAAAUUAGGCUUUGAAGAUUAUCGCAGUCAUGCUGAGCUCGUCCACCAUAACUGUAAAGCAUUAGCUGCCAAAAGAAGGAGACAGAGUACAAGACUUGAAAAUCUAGGUAUCCCAGAAGAAGAACUUCUUCGGCAGCAGCAAGAAUUAUUUGCCAAAGCUCGAGAAGAACAAGCAGUCGCUGAAAUGAACCAAUGGCAAGAGGUGCAACAACUGGUUAGCCAAAAAUCUAAUGUGGACGAUGACGAAGAAUCAGAUGAUUAUUAAUUACGAGGAAACCAAUUUUUUCCAUUCUAUUUCCUCUCAGUUCCUGUUAAGUUCAACUCUAAUGUUUGUGCUCCUCUUCUCAUAGCUUGCAUUUUGUGGUGAUUCAAGACCUUCCAAAAUUGAUGUGAGUUAGCUCCAACUUAGAAUUUUACUUAGAAUCAGUAUGUUUUGUUUUGAUUCAGCAUUGAUGUUCUUUUUUCUUGUGAAGGAACGAAAAGCAAGAAAAUUUUGCAGUUGAGUACAAAUAGUUCAUCGAUUUAGGGUGUGAAUCGCCAAACCUUACACUCAAGAUUUCAUCAACUCAACUCCUAAAAUUAGGUGUUGCAUUGACUCCGUUUGUGGACUUAAUUUUCAUCAUCGUAAGGGUACCUUCUCGAUGUUUUCUCAUAAUGAAAAACAUCCAAGGUCACAUUUUGCAGAAAAACAUUAGUUAUCUACCAAGGAGGAAUGAAUGCUUUUCCAAGCAAGAGGAAUUUCAGCUGUUUAGGAGGUUAAACCAGAAAAAGACAUAUUUUUUUACAACACACUUUUAGAUGAUUUUUUUUAAGUUCCAAAAUUAAAAAAAUGACACUAUCCUGAAGAUAUUAAACAAUAGAACUCGCGGAGUACUAAAAUGCAGUUUUGGAAUUUGUCCAAUUGGAUUGGAAAAGGGAGCAACAGCAAUGAAAAAAUUAGAACCUUUCAUUUUGACUUGCAUACUUACAGUUAACUUUUAAAUGAGAUUAGUUCUAUCAAGGGAUAUUUUUUCCCCCAUUUGUUAAUUUUUCAUAUUUUUCUUGCGUUUUGUCAAUCUAAAGAUAGAUUAUUUUCAAGUCUUUUGUGUGAUUUUUAUUAAAAAUCCAAUCAUAAAUUUCCACUCGGUCUUUCAGCCGUUAGCAUUCCUCUUUUACUUUGCACUAUGUUCCAGUAGACUUGAUUUAGCAGUUUGAAGGAUUUCCAACAUGUUGCCUUCUACACUUCUGCUUCUCUGGGAAGUAAUCUCUCCCUUGAUCCCAUAUCAGUCUACAUGACAAAUAGAGGGUCGUAUAAACAAGAGUGUCGACAAAUUUUCUAUCUGCCUUUCCUGCCUAAAGAUUUUCCCUCGUUUUAGACCCUAUAUUACCCAAGUUAUGGUCCCAAUUUUUCAGAGAUUUUUUUGCUGAAUGAACUUGGAGUACCCCUUACCUAAUUGCCGUAGUUUGGAUGAUGGCAUGUCUGAAAAGGAGAAAAAAUUUUGAACCAGAACAGAUAAUGUUGGCUACCUGAAAAAACCUCAUUUCAACCAGACCUGUUUUUUGUGCUCUUGCUGCGUUAAAGGUCAAGUACACGUAGAUCGUGCAUUCAAGUAGUCAUGUCGGAAUGACAAAAUCUAGUAUAUCCAAUUCACCGCAUAACUCUUUUCUCGAUCUUCAUUGACAGCAAUCUUAUAAUUUUAAUUUUUUGUUUUUGUACUUUUCUAUUUGAUUGAAUGCUAUUGAAAAAUAUUAAACCAAAAUCACCAUGGCAAUUCGUGCGUCAAUUAGUUAACUAAUUUUCGACAAGUUGUUGUUUAUGUUUUUAGGAAUGAUGAUUUUGAAAGGAUAUGAAUCCAAUCAUUUAUUAAUAUUGCCUUCAAAUGAAAUUACCUAUUGAGGGUUAUAAUCCAGGCGCCACAAUGUGUGUAAAUUAUGUUUCUCUGUGGAAAUUUUUUGCAAAAGGCAGUAGGUAGAUACUUUGAAAAUUUCCGGAAGCCAUCUCAUGAUUCAGGCAUUUGUGUUUUCUGUUUUGGCAAAUUCUUAUGCUCUAAUAAGUUGCCAAUAAGUUGUAGUCUUCCUGGGUUUACUCACGUUCUGAUAUGAUUUCAAGUGACCUCAUUAUUCAAUAAGUAGUUUUUCGAGUGAGUGAAUUUUUUUUGACAGGUUUGUGAUAGCAGUUUCUCAGAGAAGUGGACCAAUUUUUAUAAAAUUGUCCAGAGGUAUUUAUUAGCCAUAAUUUCGUUCAAAGUGACUGAUGCAACUAGUAAUUGGAUGUAUUUCUGCCAAACGGAACUAUGUGCAUUAAGUCAUGAACCCUGGGACCCAUAAGAAUAUAUGCAUAACAGGGCUCAUGUCAUAAUUCACAUAGUUCUGUUUGACAGAAAUGCGUCCAAUUUAUCUUCUGGUUUUUCCUGCAAGCAGUAAGUUUAAUUAGCUUUUUUUAAUGUAACAGUUGAUCAUUUAUUUUAUCAUGAGAUCAUUCUGGAAUUUUCUUUUCUCUAUUGUGUUUUACUUAAAAUUUUAGAGGAAGUGUUUAUUGUGGUGCUGGAAUUUAAAUGCUGACCAGUGGUUUAUUAUUAGUUGUUUGUUUGUUUUUUUUAAAAAAAAUUGUUUUCUUUGUAUUAUCAGUUGUAAAUAAUUCAUAAAUUAAUUUUAAUCUCAGUACGAAAUAAAAUGCAUCUCAAAUUAGC